GUAUAGCGGAACUGAAGUGUUCUAGCUUCUCGGGGAAGGUAUUGUGAGUGCACUCUUCCUGUCACUUUUGGUUUUCACUUCCUGGAUCGCCAGUGUCAUCAAGCCGAAAAUGGUCCACACAGAAGCCUUUUCUCGCCCUCUAAGCCGGAAUGAAGUUGUUGGCUUGAUCUUCAGACUGACAAUAUUUGGCGCAGUCACCUACUUCACUAUUAAAUGGAUGGUUGAUGCCAUAGAUCCUACCAGAAAACAGAAAAUCGAAGCUCAGAAGCAGGCUGAGAAACUAAUGAGACAGAUCGGUGUAACGAACGUUAAGCUCACUGAAUAUGAAAUGAGCAUUGCAGCCCAUCUUGUCGAUCCACUCAGCAUGCUGGUGACAUGGAGCGACAUUGCCGGCCUUGAUGAUGUGAUAACAGAUCUGAAAGAUACAGUUAUUCUCCCAAUAAGAAAGAAGCAUUUAUUUGAGAACUCAAGACUUCUGCAGCCUCCCAAAGGUGUGCUUCUGUAUGGACCUCCAGGAUGUGGUAAAACUCUCAUCGCCAAAGCAACAGCAAAGGAAGCGGGAUGUCGCUUUAUUAAUCUGCAGCCAUCCACUUUGACCGACAAGUGGUAUGGGGAGUCCCAGAAACUGGCCGCUGCAGUGUUUUCACUGGCCGUGAAGCUUCAGCCAUCUAUUAUCUUCAUUGAUGAAAUUGAUUCUUUCCUUCGGAGUCGUUCAAGUAAUGACCAUGAGGCAACAGCAAUGAUGAAAGCUCAGUUCAUGAGUCUGUGGGAUGGACUGGAUACAGAUUAUAGCUGUCAGGUGAUUGUAAUGGGGGCCACAAAUCGUCCUCAAGAUCUGGACACAGCAAUUAUGAGGAGAAUGCCCACCAGAUUUCAUAUUAAUCAGCCGGCUUUGAGACAGCGAGAGGCAAUUCUUAAUCUCAUACUGAGGCAUGAGAAUGUGGACCUGGAUGUGGAUUUGUCGCACGUUGCGAGAGGUACCGAUGGUUUUUCUGGAAGUGACCUUAAGGAAACGUGUCGGGAUGCUGCUCUGCUGUGUGUCAGGGAGUGUGUCGCCAGUAGCACAGAGGAAAGUCCCAAUGAGGAGAUACGGCCUAUUCAGCAGCAAGAUCUAAUGAAAGCUAUUGAAAAAAUGAAGAAAUCAAAGACUGCAACGAACCACGGAGGUUUAAUGCACGUUAGUUUGGAUUGAACUUCUGAGAUUACCCAAGCUGUUAGCUAGAAAGGGCACAUGUAAUGGAUGAUGCACUAGGAGCAGCACCAUCCUUAUGGACUUCAGCCUCCACUGCUGGACUCCAGCAACUAUUCACUAUAAAAUAAAGAGCCUCGCAGAGAGGAAACCGUGCCUCUCUGGUUAUCAUGCUAGCAGCUAACGUUGACUGAAAUGUGUUGAAUGAGUAUGUCAUGUUUACCUUGUAAGAUUACCAUGUCUAUCUGCAAACUGACUAGUGGCAUUCCAACAAAGGGACAAAAAACCACACUGGGCUGCUGUACACAUUGGCAUGCCGUAGGGACCUCUAUCUAAUGUAUAUUUUAAAACUAAAUUAUAAUUUAAUGUUUGGUGUCUCUAGUCCAUGAUUUGGUCUAUUGUAAAAGAUGUAAGCCCAUCAGUUUUUCUUUAAACUAAACUACACACAGGUGGAUUUAAAUGUAAAAGUGAGGUUGAAUGUGAACCUGUCAUGUCCACCAAAAUGUCAAAGAUAUGUAGGUUAUCGUUACUGGUAACGUGUAGGCACCCUGCCAGUGAGUCUGUGGCCAGGAUAAACUCUGCUAUUAAAUGGUGGGAAGAGGCCUAGCACUAUAAGGAGUUGGGGCUUAAUUAUUAUUUGAGAGAAGUCAAGGCCCUGUGUAAAGCCUAGAGUCCAGCCAUGUACUAAGGAACCAAUCUGAAGAUGAAAAUCUGUACUGUUAGUUUAUAUUGGUGGAAUUGGGGGUUCACUUGUAUACAAUUUUAAACCAAUAUGGAAAAAUUACUGGUUGUUUUUAUUGGUAUGUCACUCUUAUUGUUUGUGCUACCAGUGGUUGGGUUCGGAUCCCUGGACCGGAUUUUUGGAACCUCUUAAAAUGGUUACCAGAUUAUAAUCAAAUGACAGCAUUAGGGGCGGUCUAAUUGGGGUAGACUUGCAAAUAUUUUUUUUUAGAAUAGUAGUUCAAGAAAACACUGUUUUUGGGUACAUACAUAAAGUGAGAAUAUUCAUUUCAUGUUUUGUACAGUACAAAAUAGGGCUACCAAAAUCUCCAGCAUGGAGAUAACUGAGGCCCCAUUCACACUUUGCAUAGUGGGAACUCGUGUUCUCACUCGCCAUUUUGUGUGGGCGAUUUUCACGCAAUUCCGUGUGUCACGCAAAGGCUAUCCCAUUCAGUUCAAUGUUGCCCUAUGCGUGUUUGUUGCCCAAAAGAAGCUCCCGCUUCUUUUUGGGCAACCAAGCUUUAUGCGAUCCUUAAAAUCCAGUUUCAGCGCCAUUCUUUUGUGGCAAAAUCUCACCACAUUUGGCAUGCUAUUUAGAAUGAAUGGCAACCAAUGUACAUUGCGUUUUUUGCACUGAUUGCCACGAUUUGGAAUCGUGGGCAGAAUCGCAGCAAUUCCAAAUCGGAAUCAUUUAAUUGAUGUUUCUGAUGGAUUGCAUUCUCUGUUUAAGUUCCUCUACAGACACAUUUUGCUGGAUCCAUAUCUGACAUGAAAGGGAAGUUGCACUGAAUUUCUGGCUUGAUUGUACAAAUGUGACUUUAGGAGAUACCUGUCUUGUUAAUUGUUUAGUUAUGGUGCCCUAUUUUCAUUAUGCUAUUUCUUUUAUAUUUGUUAUACAGGUGUAAUUGGUCAUAAGGAAUGUGAUCUAAACAUUCUUGGGAACGUUGCUAAAACUUUCCCAAGCUGAAGUGGGUACUUAUGUUAUACUACAAACUGUUCUAACAAAACAGUAGAAAUGUGCAGCUGUGCUUCUUAAAGCCCCAUGCAAACUGGGCAUUAAAAACGCCACUUUUAAGGAGCAUUUGCCUCUUCUUCUUUUUUUUGUGACACUAAAUGCCCUCAAUUGUGUCCAUUCACACAUAGGCAUAUAAAGCCCUCUGCAAGCACAUUCAGGAGCAGCAGCAUUUUGGGGGGCAAAAAAAGCAAUUGACGCGUAAUC